AUGUCGCAAAAGACCCCCGUCUUUCUGUUGAAGACAAAAUCCACUCCUGGGGACUCGUAUCAGGAGCAAUUCUCUUCCGAGACGGAUGGCUUUAAUUUCGAGCCUUUCUUUGUUCCCGUUCUGGAACAUCGAUUCAAGGAUGAGGGCUUAGCUACGGUGCGCAAUCUUCUCAAGACGAAAGCUAUAGGAACUGGCUUCGACUGUGCUUACGGAGGUCUUGUCUUCACCUCCCAACGUGCCGUUGAAGCCUUCACCCACCUCGUCCAAGAAGUAACAGGCGAUGACAGGUGGCCCCAUCUCCAAGAUAUCCCUGUUUACAGCGUCGGCCCUGCGACAACCCGCGCGUUGAAGGCAGUUCCCCAACAACCGCCGCUCCAAGUCUUUGGUGAGCAUACUGGCAACGGUGAAACAUUGGCACCCUACAUUAUCGAACACUAUGGCGAAUGGUAUAAGGACCGGUCCAUCAAGCCGCCGCUGUUGUUUCUGGUUGGCGAGCAAAGGCGGGAUAUAAUUCCCAAGAAGUUGAUGGACCCUGCUUUACCAUCAGACAAGUUCAUUCGCAUCAAAGAGGUUGUCGUCUAUGGUACCGGUGUUAUGAAAUCCUUCCAACAAGAUUUCACAAAGCUUCUCCAAGAGACCCAAGACCGGCCGGCGAGAUGGGUCGUGGUGUUCUCCCCAAGUGGCUGCGACGGCAUGCUUAGUGCCCUGGGAUGGCUGAACGAGAGUAGCGGCAGGGUGGGAGACGACUUUCACCAGGAGGAUAGGAAAACGUACAUUGCUACCAUCGGACCGACAACUCGCCUUCAUCUUGUCAAGAACUUUGGCUAUGAGCCUGAUGUCUGCGCGGAGCAACCCAGCCCGGAAGGGGUUUGGCAGGGUAUCAGUAGGUUUUGGAACGAAGCAAAGAAAUAA